AUGAUGAAGAACCUCAACAUCUCUCUUUGCAUGUUUCUUGUAGCUAUUGUACGCUUAGGGGGUAGCGUACCCUUUGGCUUUUACUAUGGUGAUGCCCUUGACAAGAGCUUGAUGUUCUUUGAAGCACAAAGGUCUGGUAAAUUACCACUUCAACAGCGAGUCAAAUGGCGUGGUGAUUCUGCUCUCCAAGAUGGUUUACUACAAGGAGUAGACCUGGUGGGUGGGUACUAUGAUGCAGGAGAUCAUGUGAAGUUUGGGUUGCCAAUGGCCUACAGUGUCACUAUGCUUGCAUGGGGAGCCAUUGAGUUCAGUAAGGAAAUCACAGAGUCGAACCAAAUGGGACACGCGUUAUGGGCCAUUAAAUGGGGUACUGACUACUUCAUCAAAGCACACACUCAGCCUAAUGUUCUUUGGGGACAGGUGGGUGAUGGAGCUUCUGAUCAUUACUGCUGGGAGCGUGCUGAAGAUAUGACAACUUCAAGACAAGCCUACAAAAUUGAUGAAGCACACCCUGGCUCAGAUCUAGCAGGUGAAACUGCAGCUGCAUUGGCUGCUUCAGCUAUAGCUUUCAGGCCCUACAACUCUUCUUACUCUAAUCUCUUGCUAGUUCAUGCAAAACAGCUCUUCACAUUCGCAGAUGGGUCCAGAGGUCUCUAUGAUGACUCCAUAUCAUGUGCUCAGCAAUUCUAUACUUCUUCCGGUUACUCAGAUGAAUUGUUGUGGGCUGCAACCUGGCUGCACCUAGCAACUGGUGAUGAAUACUACCUGAAGUAUGUAGUGGACAAUGCAGUGUAUAUGGGUGGAACUGGCUGGGCAGUGAAAGAGUUCUCUUGGGAUAACAAAUAUGCUGGUGUGCAGACCCUCAUAUCAAAGGUAUUACUAGAAGGAAAGGCUGGUUCUUACGCUGCUACACUAAAGCAAUACCAAGCCAAGGCAGAUUAUUUUGCCUGUGCCUGCUUGCAGAAGAAUGAUGGUUACAAUGUGCAGAAAACUCCAGGUGGCUUACUAUACGUGCAUGAAUGGAACAACAUGCAGUAUGUUUCUUCUGCCGCAUUUCUUUCAGUUGUUUACUCUAAUUAUCUCUCAGCGGCAAAAGCACAGCUCAACUGUCCAGAGGGACAGAUUCAACCUCAAGAGCUCCUCAAUUUUGCCAAGUCACAGGCUGACUAUAUCCUUGGUCAAAACCCAGCGGAUAUGAGCUACUUGGUUGGAUAUGGAACAAAAUAUCCUCUUCAUGUUCAUCAUAGAGGUGCUUCCAUUGCUUCAAUCUUUGCCCUUCAGUAUGAGGUUGGCUGUAUCCAAGGAUUUGAGGCAUGGUAUAACCGCCCUGAGUCAAAUCCUAAUGUCAUAUAUGGUGGACUCGUGGGUGGUCCCGAUCAAAAUGAUGACUUCUCUGACGACAGAUCGAAUUAUGAACAAACUGAGCCAACACUUUCAGGUGCUGCUCCUCUUGUAGGCAUAUUUGCUAAACUUCAGAGUUUAUAUGGUAAUAGCAUAGGUGAAGGUUCAUACAAUGAUAAAUUAUCAGUGCCACAGCCAAAAAUACCAAGUACAAACCACUUGAAAAUACCAGCAUCUACAACAUCAGAAGGUGCCCCAGUUGAAUUCCUUCACUCAAUUAGUAGCUCUUGGACUGUUGGAGACACAACUUAUUACCGCCACAAGGUGAUAAUCAAGAACACUUCUUCAAAGCGAAUCUCAGAUCUUAAGUUGGUGGUUGAAGAUCUCUCAGGCUCUUUAUGGGGUCUCUCUCCAACAGAAGAAAAGAACACCUAUGAACUUCCCCAAUGGAACAAGGUGUUGAACCCUGGCUCGGAGUGUAUAUUUGUUUAUGUUCAAGGCGGACCCCAGGCUAAAGUCUCCAUUAAAAGCUUUCAUUGA